UUGUAUCUCGGCGACAAUGGCGGCAGACCACGAGCAAUUUAAUCAGCUAUUAAAUACACUUUUAAGUAGCGAUAAUGAAGUCCGUACACAAGCUGAGGAAGCAUACAAAAAUUUACCAUUGGAAAGUAAGGUUACAUGCCUAUUAAAUUCCAUAUGCAAUCCACAUCUAGCAGAGGAAAUACGUGCUAUGGCAGCAGUAUUAUUACGUCGAUUAUUUUCAGCAGAAUUUGUCGAUUUCUAUCCAAAGAUUCCACCAGAAUCUCAGAUUGAAUUAAAAAAGCAAGUAUUGUUAUCAGUACAAAAUGAACAAUCAGACACUAUACGACGUAAAAUUUGUGAGGUUGCUGCUGAAGUUGCUCGAAAUUUAAUUGACGAUGAUGGUAAUAAUCAAUGGCCUGAGUUUCUACAAUUUUUAUUUCAAUGUGCUAAUAGCCCUGUACCUGCACUCAAAGAAAGUGCUCUUCGUAUUUUUACAUCUGUUCCUGGUGUUUUUGGCAAUCAACAAUCAAACUAUUUAGAUCUUAUUAAACAAAUGCUCCAGCAAUCAAUUAUGGAUACAACAAAUUAUGAAGUACGUUUCCAAGCUGUACGGGCAAUAGGUGCUUUUAUUAUUCUUCAUGAUAAAGAGUCAAAUAUUCAAAAACAAUUUUCCGAUUUAUUACCGGCUUUAAUCCAAGUAACAGCACAAUCAGUUGAAAAACGAGAAGACGAAGCAUUACUUAAAGUUUUAAUUGAUUUAGCAGAAUCUACACCAAAAUUUCUUCGAUCACAAUUAGAAAAUAUCAUGGAAAUGUGUAUGAAAAUUUUUUCCAACAAAGAUAUGUCCGAUUCUUGGCGACAAUUAGCUUUAGAAGUUCUUGUUACAUUAUCAGAAACUGCACCACCAAUGGUUAGAAAAGUUGGUGGGAAAUAUAUAGCAGCUCUAGUACCAUUAGUAUUAGAAAUGAUGACCGAUCUAGAAGAUGAUGAAGAAUGGAGUUUCUCCGAUGAAAUUGUUGAAGACGAUAAUGAUUGUAAUAAUGUUGUUGCGGAAAGUGCAUUAGAUCGUUUAUCGUGUGGACUUGGCGGUAAAACAAUGCUACCCCAAAUCGUUGAUAAUAUACCAAGAAUGUUAACCAAUUCCGAUUGGAAAUAUAGACAUGCCGCUCUUAUGGCUAUAUCUGCAGUAGGAGAAGGAUGUCAUAAACAAAUGGAAGCUAUUUUAUCACAAAUUAUGGAUGGAAUUAUACAAUACUUGCAAGAUCCUCAUCCACGAGUAAGAUAUGCAGCUUGUAAUGCAAUAGGACAAAUGUCAACGGAUUUUGCGCCAGUAUUUGAAAAAAAAUUUCAUGAUAAAGUAAUACCUGGUUUAUUAAUGGUGCUAGAUGAUAAUACAAAUCCACGAGUUCAAGCUCAUGCAGGUGCUGCACUUGUUAACUUUAGUGAAGAUUGCCCUAAAAAUAUACUUACUCCUUAUUUGGAUGCUAUUAUGGCAAAGUUAGAAUCUAUUUUAACAGCUAAAUUUCAAGAACUUGUUGAAAAAGGAACAAAGCUUGUAUUAGAACAGGUAGUUACAACAAUUGCAUCAGUAGCUGAUACAUGUGAAGAACAAUUUGUUGCUUAUUAUGACCGUUUAAUGCCGUGUUUAAAAUAUAUCAUUCAAAAUGCUAAUCAACAAGAACAUAAAAUGCUUCGAGGCAAAACCAUUGAAUGUGUCAGUUUAAUUGGAUUAGCAGUUGGGCCGGAAAAGUUUCUUAAUGAUGCAAGUGAAGUGAUGGACAUGCUUUUAACAACUCAUUCUGAAGGUGACUUACCUGAUGAUGAUCCUCAAAUAAGUUAUUUAAUAUCUGCAUGGGCUCGUCUUUGUAAAAUUCUUGGCAAACAGUUCGAACAAUAUUUACCAUUAGUAAUGGGACCAGUUUUAAAAACUGCUUCGAUGAAGCCAGAAGUUGCAUUACUCGACAAUGAAGAUAUGGAAGGUGUUGAGGGUGAUUUAGACUGGCAAUUCGUUUCUUUAGGAGAACAACAAAAUUUUGGUAUUAAAACUGCAGGCUUAGAAGAUAAAGCAUCUGCUUGUGAAAUGUUAGUUUGUUAUGCAAGAGAAUUAAAAGAAGGUUUUGCUGAUUAUGCUGAAGAAGUAGUUAGACUUAUGGUACCAAUGUUAAAAUUUUAUUUUCAUGACGGAGUACGAGAAGCGGCUGCAGAAAGUUUACCUUGUUUACUUGAGUGUGCACAAAUAAAAGGCCCUCAAUACUUGGAAGGAAUGUGGGCAUACAUUUGUCCUGAACUUCUGAAAGCGAUAGACUCGGAACCAGAAUCUGAAGUGCUGUUGGAACUACUUUUUUCUUUAGCUAAAUGUAUAGAAUUAUUAGGUGCUGGAUGCCUAAACGCAGCACAAAUGGCAGAGAUUUUACGAAUUCUUGAUAAAUUAUUAAAUGAACAUUUUGAACGAGCUGUUGCACGAUUAGAAAAACGUAAAGACGAAGAUUACGAUGAUGUAGUCGAAGAACAGUUGGUAGAUGAAGAUAAUGAAGAUUUUUAUACUCUUAAUAAAAUAGCUGAUAUUUUACAUGCACUUUUUAUUACACAUAAAGCAGCAUUCUAUCCGUAUUUUGACCAAAUUUGUGGCCACUUUGUCAAAUUAUUAGCACCUGAACGAUCUUGGUCUGAUCGUCAAUGGGCAUUGUGUGUUUUUGAUGAUGUUAUAGAACAUGGUGGACCAAGUUGUGUUAAAUAUCAAGAAUAUUUUUUGAGGCCAAUGCUUCAAUAUAUAACAGAUAGUUCAGGUGAAGUCAGACAAGCUGCUGCCUAUGGUUGUGGUAUUUUAGGACAAUUUGGAGGCGAAGCUUUUGCUCAAGCUUGCGCUGAAGCAUUACCAAGACUCGUUGAAGUUAUUAAUCAUCCAGAAUCUCGAACACCAGAGAAUAUUAAUCCAACAGAGAAUGCUAUUUCUGCUGUAACAAAAAUUCUCAAAUACAAUAAUAAAGCAAUUAACGUUGAUGAAAUGCUACCACACUGGCUAUCUUGGCUACCAGUCACAGAAGAUGAAGAUGAGGCACCACACGUUUACGGAUACCUUUGUGAUUUAAUUGAGGCAAAUCAUCCACUAGUUUUAGGGCCUAAUAAUGACAAUCUACGAGUUUUGAUCCGAUUUUUCGCUGAAGCACUAUAUAAAGAGGUCGUUCCAAGUGAUAGUCCGGUUAUUCAUCGAAUUAUUAGUAUUGUUAGACAAGUACAGAGUAAUGAAACAAUGUUUCAAGCGUGCAUACAAGCUUUAACAACUGAACAACAACAAGCAUUACAUAAAGCUCUUAGUAUUCCAACUAAUUAGCCCAUCAUAAUUUAUGUAAGAUGAUUUAUCUUAUUAUCAUUAUAUAUAAAAAUCAAGUAAUUAAAAGAACAAUAAAACAGUAAAAUUCAGUUAUUUCAAAUGGCCACGUACAGAAAAAAGUUACAAAUAAUAUUAAUCAUUUCACCGUUAGCGUUACUGUCGAUUUAAUAUUCAUUCGUGCCUUUCAAUGACGCUAUAAAAAUUAAUAAUAUACCGUAAAUUUUAAUCGAUUAUCACUUGUAUUAACUACCAAAAUCAUGAAUAAAUAAUUGUGUAUGACCCGGUAUAGAGCUACGAGAAUCGCUAAUAAUAUUAAAUAUUUCAUUUAUUUAUCACGGGAUUGUGACAACAACUUAAAUGUGACACAUUUAUCAUAUAAAAAAAAGUACAUUUUUAAAUAUUAUAAUUUUAGUCAUAAAAUUAUUUUUUAAUGAUUUUCACAAUUUUUUUUUUAGAACAAUUGAUAAUGAUGUAAAUAAUUGUACGCUCGACAUUAACAAAAAAAACUAUUAUUAUUAAAAAACAUUCCCGUGUACAGGCUCAACAAUUCAUGUAUUAUAUAUGGAAAAUGUUUACAAAAAUCAAAUUUUUAAUAGAAUUGAAAAAAACAAACAGUCAUUAUAAUAAUAAUUAAAAAUUUAACCCAACAAAAAUGAAAUAAUAAUUUAUAUUCGUGGCCAUCAAAAGCUCAUGCCAGUUAACGGCAUUAUAUUGUAAUUUAGAUAUUUUUAUUAUUGAAUUUAGUUAUAUAUGAAUAUAUAAACAAAUAAAAAAAUAACAGCGAAA